AUGGCGGUCGGCAAGAACAAGCGCCUUACAAAAGGUGGCAAAAAAGGAGCCAAGAAGAAAGUGGUUGAUCCAUUUUCUAAGAAAGAUUGGUAUGAUGUAAAGGCACCAGCAAUGUUCAAUAUAAGAAAUAUUGGGAAGACAUUAGUCACAAGGACUCAAGGAACCAAAAUUGCGUCUGAUGGACUGAAGGGUCGUGUUUUUGAAGUGAGCCUUGCUGAUUUGCAAAAAAAAGACUAA